AUGAACAACACAGCGAGUCUGCCCCUUAUCCCCAUCAGCAUCUUGGAAGGGAUUAAGCUUCAUCCCAUCAUCGCCUUCUUCUGUGUGCUGUUGGUGUUUGUUGGGAUCCCAGGAAACGGUUUCAUCCUUUACAUCUACACCAAGAAAAUCAACCUCGCCAUUUUUGGUUUCUUCAUCAAAACAUUAGCAGUUCUUGAUCUCAUCACCUCCAUUGGAGUAAUACCUUCGUCUUUGAUAUCGAAAGUCAUUCCAAAUAUAAACAUCUCUGAAAUGUGUAAGUACAUCACCUUUCUCUGUUACUUCAGUUCUUCCACAACAGGGAUUCUGUACGUUGUGAUCGCUUUCCAACGGUUUAGGAAAAUCUGUUAUCCUCAUGAAUCUCAGCUAACUAUGAAUCUGGCUAGGAAAGUGACGCUUGUGUGUAUCAUCUUCUCCUUCGUCUCUGGCCUUCCUAUUGUCUUCAUAAUGACAGCCAGCAAGUUACAAAUUAAGUGGAAUGUGAACAACAAGGACGGUUUGGUCAAGGGUGUGACGUGUGACUACACUGAAACCGCUAAAGACAUGAAGAUAGCCCUGGCAUUCUCCACCUGGAUGUUUAUAUUCGUUGUGUGCAUCAUGAGCUCAUUGACAGUGCUGUACUCCAAAAUUGUCUUGAAACUGAGACGCCAUACUCGAGACAUGAAUGUGUCAUUACCUUCAACAAGACGCCAUAAAAGAACUGUUGCCGUUACAGCCAUGUUUUUCAGUCUGACAAUCAUCUAUGUCCUGAGUGUUAUCCCACGUCUUGUCCAGGCAUUGUUAUUCAGCAAGACCAUGACAAGUACUCAACGGACAUUCACACAGCUCCAGAUGUCUGAUUUUGCUGUCCAAUUGCCCUAUGUCAACUGUGUUGCCAACCUCUUCAUUUACGGUUUCUCCUCCACAAGAUUCCGACAUGAGGCUCUCUCUGUUCUUUGUGGUAGAUAUGGCCAUGACCAAACCGUGACUACAGAUACAAGAGAUCAGACGGAACUCAGAUCGACACAAACCUGA